AUGGCAGGCUCUGGAGGUCACCUCCUCGUCCCGAAGGCGAUGAGGCUGAUUCGAUUCGCCUUUGAAAAGACAGGCAGAAUCAUCCGUGAUAAACUUCCACAAGCCUCUCGAACCCUUGAAGCAGAAGUUCAACCUGCGUACGCCAGAGUCACCCAGCGUCAGCCUGUAAGUCGACUUGCACAGAUCCGCCAGACCCAGAGUCGAUGGUACAGCUCCAGCCACCGUAUCAAUAGCACUGCUCGCCAUUUCUCCUCUAAAUCUGGUGUAAAUACCAAAUCCUCUCAAACUGCAACCCAUCCUUUCUCGCGAACAGCCGCCGCUGUCCGACAGUUUACCGGGCGUGCACCCUUUGCCUCCACUCUUCGUCCGAAUCUUACUGGCGGCACGUUAUCUCGCACUGCUGGAGGGUAUAGUCUGGGAAGUGGUCGCGUGGGAGGAGUCAGAUAUUUCUCCCAUGGACCAGCAGCUCCGGCCCAGGUUGUGCAGAAUGUUAGCCAAGCAGUGCGCGCCUUCUGGCUUUCUGGCCAGAAAGCGAGGUUCGACGGUGCCAAUCCCCGAACAGGAGAAAAACGUUUCCGAGCCGUCUCCAGCGCCCAGGAAGAUGCAAGAUACGUGAUGGACAUGUCUCCCGUCAAUGCACCAGGAUCCUACGUCGACUUCAAGGUGACGCCAACUAUCACUGCCAUCGGCCCCCUCGCCAGCAUUCCUCGAUCGCCUUCAGCCGCCGCCUGCGACUAUGAGAUCGAGCAAGAUACCUUGAACAAUGCCACACUGAUGUCCAACCUCUCCAUUGACUUUGCACGGGCGCUCAAGGAUCUCGCUGCAAUUAUGAAUGAUCUAAAGCAUCUUGCAACCCUAGGCGACUUACCUAUUUCCCUCCAUGACAGUACGACUCUGAGGGUUAAGUUUCCCGGUUGCGAUGCAGAUACCGUCGACACCUUGUGUAGCGAGUUGGGCAUAAGGCGCGGACUCGUUGGCCAAGACGAGGAUUUCGAGUCCGACAAUGGCGUUGAAAUGGCUCUUCUGUUUCCCUAUGCCCCAAGCGAGCUUCCAAGUGCAGCAUCUGAGGUAGUGGAGUAUUUCAGCCACCCUGCCAAACGCGUCAAGCGAGACCGCGUCGAGUGGCAUGAGAUGCUUUCGCCCGCGCAACAGCUAUCGGCAGGCUUUUCCCAUCUUUCAGAAACGAGCCAAAGCGCAGAUGCCUUCGAAAUUAUCGAUGAUGCGCUGGGUCCCAACCCCUGGUUGUCUUCACCAUCGGGAUAUUCGAGUCUUCAUCCAAGCGAAGUGCAGGACGAACAUGUGGUAAGACAUCUAGACAUGCCUCCUUUCGGGUCCGGUCAGGCGCAAUCAUGGAAUCGACCAUCAGGGUGCAGGAGCGGCAAGGGAUAUGAGGGGAUCGAAGGCAUAUAUCGAUUUAUCGAGGAGUGUGAUCGUGCCCAAUCGUAG